GGCAGCCGACAGAGCAGGAACCUCUUUCUGAUCAAUCCUUGACAGCCUCGUUGCUGGCACUUUGCUAGCCUGAGUGUCCCCCGGGGACUUCCUGGCCUAUGCUCAGGUAGAUGGUGAGGGGAUGCUUCUUCUUGCGCAGACGGUUGGCUUCUUGCUUUCCAGGUAGCAAAGACAGAGGCUUAGUAAGGCCCUGAACACAGCCAGGUUUAGAUCCACGGAGGGCCACGGUCCCGCCAACUGCAGCCUGCCCGUUCCCUCCCAGGGCCCCCCCACUGCCUGAAGCAUUUUCCUGUUGACCUGCGUACCUCCAUGGAUGGCAAGUACAAGGAGAUUGCUGAGGAGCUGUUUUGCCGCUCGUUGGCUGACAGUGAGAUGCGCAGUGCCCCCUAUGAGUUCCCCGAAGACAGCCCCAUUGAGCAGCUAGAGGAGAGACGUCAACGACUGGAACGGCAAAUCAGUCAGGAUGUGAAACUAGAACCCGACAUUUUACUCAGAGCCAAACAGGACUUCCUGAAAAUUGACAGUGCUGCUGACUUACAGUUGUUUAAGGAACAGGGUGAGGACCUGGUGGACCACCUUCCUAAAGAUCGAGAUGUGCUUCUAGAGAGGGAGUUUCAGAGGGUCACCAUCUCUGGUGAAGAGACAUGUGGGGUGCCUUUCACAGACCUGCUGGAUGCAGCUAAGAGUGUAGUGAAGGCGUUAUUCAUUCGGGAGAAGUACAUGGGGUUUUCUCUUCAAAGCUUCUGCAAGUCUACUGCCCGCUUCCUACAGAAUCUUUCAGAAAAGCCUUUGGCCCCAAGGAUGUAUGAGGAGAUCCCUGAGACCCCAGUAGCUGCAGAUGCUCCUGUGCACCCACCAUUUGCAGAUCAACAUCCUUAUGAGAAGUGUGAUCCUGAAUUGAUGCCUGGAGACCUUGGCUUUGGCCUGAAGAUGGUUAAUGGAGUAGUCCAUGUGUACACCAAGCAGGACAUCACUGAUAAAACUACAGAACUGGACUUACCUUAUCCUGACCUUCCAGAGUUUGUUGCUGAUAUGAAUGUCCUAAUGGCUCUGAUCAUCAAUGGUCCCAUAAAAUCCUUCUGCUACCGGCGGCUGCAGUACCUGAGUUCAAAAUUCCAGAUGCAUGUCCUGCUCAAUGAGAUGAAAGAGUUGGCAGCCCAGAAGAAGGUGCCGCAUCGUGACUUCUACAAUAUUCGAAAGGUGGACACACACAUCCAUGCAUCGUCCUGCAUGAACCAGAAGCAUCUGCUGCGCUUCAUUAAGCGAGCUAUGAAGAAACACUUGGAAGAAAUCGUUCAUGUGGAGAAGGGCAAGGAGCAAACUCUUAAGGAGGUCUUUGAGACCAUGAAUCUCACAGCGUACGACCUCAGUGUAGACACUCUUGAUGUCCAUGCGGAUCGUAACACCUUCCAUCGCUUUGACAAGUUCAACGCGAAAUACAACCCCAUUGGAGAGUCUGUUCUCCGUGAGAUAUUCAUCAAGACAGACAAUCGAGUGUCAGGAAAGUACUUUGCCCAUAUCAUCAAGGAAGUGAUGUCUGACCUGGAGGAGAGCAAGUAUCAGAAUGCAGAACUGCGCCUUUCUAUCUAUGGUCGUUCACGAGAUGAGUGGGACAAGUUGGCCAAGUGGGCUGUGCGCCACAAAGUACAUUCCAACAAUGUGCGCUGGCUGGUGCAGGUGCCUCGUCUGUUUGAUGUGUACAAGACCAAGAAACAGUUGGCAAACUUCCAAGAGAUGCUAGAGAACAUUUUCUUGCCCCUCUUUGAAGCUACCAUCAAUCCUGCCAGCCAUCCAGAGUUGCAUCUCUUCUUGGAGCAUGUGGAUGGCUUUGACAGUGUGGAUGAUGAAUCGAAGCCAGAGCACCACAUCUUUAACUUGGACAGCCCCUUGCCUGGGAACUGGACAGAAGAGGACAACCCACCCUAUUCCUAUUAUCUUUAUUACACAUAUGCCAACAUGGUGGUACUCAACCAUUUGCGCAGGAAGAGAGGCUUCCAUACAUUUGUGCUGCGCCCCCACUGUGGGGAGGCAGGACCCAUCCAUCAUCUGGUGUCGGGUUUCAUGCUGUCAGAGAACAUAUCACAUGGCCUCCUGCUUCGCAAGGCACCUGUGCUACAGUACCUCUACUACCUGGCCCAGAUUGGCAUUGCCAUGUCUCCUCUUAGUAAUAACAGCCUGUUCUUGAGCUACCACCGCAAUCCACUGCCAGAGUACCUCUCCCGGGGCCUUAUGGUCUCCCUGUCCACAGAUGACCCCCUGCAGUUCCACUUCACCAAGGAGCCCCUGAUGGAAGAAUAUAGCAUUGCCACCCAGGUGUGGAAGCUCAGCUCCUGUGACAUGUGUGAACUUGCACGAAACAGUGUGCUCAUGAGUGGCUUCUCCCACAAGGUGAAGAGCUACUGGCUGGGGCCCAACUACUGGAAGGAGGGGCCUGAAGGCAAUGAUAUUCGGCGCACCAAUGUGCCAGACAUCCGGGUGGCCUACCGCUUUGAGACCCUGUGCCAGGAGCUGACUCUCAUUACACAGGCUGUGCAGACAGAGGAACUCGAGACUAUCCAGGAGGAAGACCCUCUGACCAUGAGCUCCAGCCUGGGUGCUCGCUAAAGGAUGCUGGUUUACAGUUUCCCACUCAGACCCUCCCUGGCCUUCCAAGAUGGGGCUGUCCCAGAGCAUGAAGGGAUCCUGGCUACCUCCCUGCCCACAGAGCUUUUUAAUUUCCUGAUUGUGUCUCCUCCCAUAAGCAUAGUGUUACCUUUUGUAUCUCUUGGAAAGGGAUUUCUGUUUUGUUUGCACUUGGUAACCUGCUGGGGCAUUUUGGAUCAUGUCUCAAAUGAAGCGUAGGAAGGGGGGAGGGAGCAUCCUGCACAUUGGAUUGGAGCUCUAGCAGUGCUGUUGGUAAAUGCAGGCUGGCAGCAGAGGCUGGAACAAGUACAUAGCUGUGGGUGGUUGAUCAGACUUUGGAGGCCCUCGCUGGUUGCACCAAAGCAGAAUGAAGCACUAACAUUGAAUUUAGAAUGGAUUACUGUCCUUUGUUCUUAGUCUGUAUGCCCCACCCAGGGGGAAAGAGAUGGUGUUGGAGCCGAUGGGCAGGGCAUGUGCAAAUGAUGGGUUUAGUGUCCCCUGUUACCUCAAACUGGCUGCCAAGUUAUGUCCUUUUCUUGGCUAUUGCUAGCUGUGACUUCACAUUGACCCAUGAACCACCAUUUUAAGGAGGAAACAGCCCUACCAGCAUAUGCAGAAUGUCACCAUCCUUGCUGGGAAGCAGUAGCCUCUGAAUUUUGGUAUUAAGGGUCCAGUCUGAAGCACAGCUGAAAAACAGAACCUUUUGUCUUUCCUUGUAAAGCCAGAAUGUUUUGACACCAGUCUUUUCUUGGUUCAGGGAAAGUAUAAGCCCUUGAACUUCUGUCUUAGGAAGUAGACUCGGGUGGGUGGGAGUAGACCUGCAAGGUAGCAGAGAGGAGAUAGUGUGCCACACACAGGCACUUUUAAACAUUUUGUGUCUCUUUUGUGCAUCUCUUUGUCCCUUUUUACUAUCAUGUAUCAGGAGAAGGGGUUUCAUGUUUGAUUAAAGAUGUAACAAGGGGCAGCUGAUGAUGGUUUUGGCACUGGACAAAUAGGGCUGUUCCAGAGGGAAUAGCUUUAGAGCUGAGAACUUUGCCCAGCAUGGGAAUUUAAGAGGAAAUGUCCCUUGCCUUAUUCUUAGUGUCUGAGACAUGCACCCUGUGUGGGAUUAAUCACAGCCUCCUUUCUCAGUGGUUGGUUGCUUCUUAGCUGCCUUGGGCUGGUAACAAGGAGCUCCCAAUACAUUGUAAGGAGAGGAUAUCCUUGCCAUAUGCUUGGAUAUACCAUAUGAACUACAGAGAAAAAGGAAAAGGGGGGGGGCUUAACUCAAACUAAUGAAUCAAGUACCUGAAAGGUCAGUUACAUACUAAGUAAAGGGCCAUAUGAACUACAUCCUUCUCCCUUCUAAUUAGUUGGGGAGAAUCUCUUUCCAGCUUUUCCCCUGUCCUCUCUGCAUAGGGAUUUUCUUUAUCUGGCAAGGAGAAAAGCCAUAGACUGCUUCAGUUUCUUACCAGUAAAGUAGCUGCUGUUCUGGGAACCAGCACAAAGACUGUGCAGGGGGGGCGGCAGCAUUAAGACAGGUGACUUCUGCCUUCCUCUGAAGCCACAUGGGUCAAACUGGAAAUGCAUGAAAAGGCAGAUAAGAAUGGGGAUCUGUGCCUUUCCCAGCUCUGUCUUUUGAGUUUUGAAAAGUCUGCAGAGAGAUGCUAUCAUAUGCUCUUGGCCAGGUGCCUUGCCGGUACAUGUCUUCUGACCCUCAGCAGAGGACAGGCCAGUGCACUUAGAAUACUGGGCCUUUGUCAGUUCCUUCAGUUUUUGUGCAGCCAGUCACAGCAGAGGAUUCCUUGUGAACAUAUCCUCCUAUAGUAGGAGACAAGCCUCCAACAGUAUUUCCUCUCUUAAGCCUCCAAGAUGAAUUUCGUAUGCUCCCAAAACUCUCAUCAGGGACAGCCGAAAUGCAGCUUCCCACUUGCUGUCAGGCUCUUCUGUUAUUGCAACUAAAGAACUUGGAAAGAGACUGUUGGAACAUUGCAUAAGCUGCAACAAUAGAUGAGGAAAUCUUCUGGGGAAAGAGCAGGCAGAUUGGUACUUACCGUGCCCUAACUGUGGGCUGCUCCAGACAAAGGUCUGAGGAUCCAUGUUGUAGACUGUGCCUUGCCUAGCGUAGUGCAUGGUAUGUGCCAAGACUGGGUAGGUCCUCCUUGUGAUUCUUCCUCUGAAACAGGCACUUACUGUACUUUGAGUCACUGUGUGUGUAUGUGUGUCUGAGAGAGUGUGCACUAUUAUUGAAGGGCCAUGUGUUUGUAUGUCUAGCACCCCUCCCCCCACAUGGCCUAGAAAGAUAAUCUUUUUCUCUCUGCAUCCAGGCCUUCAUUGGACUUUGCAGAAUACCAAGAGCAUGCAGUGGAGAUGUGUUGUCUUACUUUUGGACAGAAAUGAUAACUUUGUGGCUCAAAACUACAAAGCCUGGAGUUGUGUGAAAAUGCAUGGCUUCAGUGUGGAAGGCUUGUGCAGAGGUGGGGAGGGGGGUUCCCAUUUGCUUGUCCUCACUUCCUCCUUCCUUGCCAUGACCUGCUUUUGCUUUGUUGUCAUUUGAAGAUGAGACUUGUAUCCCCUGGCAGUCAAAGCAUCCUCCCAUCAUUCAGAUAUUUCUCUGUAGUCUGGAUGACCUCGAUGCUUGUAUGUGCUGAAAUGUGAUGUUAGAAAUCCUGUUGAGCACAAGCAUGAUCAUUAAAUAUUAUUUAAAUAAA